CGAGAAUUUUACUUCAAGGUCCUCUUUAGGAGCAAAUAGUGGAGGUAUAAAUGGAAAGACGGGCAGUUUCGUCAAUCAGUCGGAGUCGAGCUCUUCCCAAAAUGAAUGCGUGCGCUGUUCUUCUGGUGUGCGGUGUCGUGGGUAGCGCAGUGGCCUACUACCCUGAAAGGCAGGCGCCCUAUAACAUUGGGCCCAAUGAUCCUUACUCUGUCGUAGUAGGUUCUAAUUUUAUCCCCGAGCCCUCUCAACGUCUCUUCUGGGGUAACGGAGGGUCUAACCAGGUCGGUGGUACAGGAUUAUGGGCGACGCUGACCAACAAGUUUCCUUUCCUAGGGCAGAUGUUUGGUAGAUUAGAACAACUGCCAGCUGAAUACGGUGCUCCACAAGUGUCAACUCAAUACGGAGUACCAACAAGAUUCCAGCCUCAAUAUUACCCACAAACUUAUCAAGCCCAACAAUAUCAGCAGCAGCCGCAAGUUUACCGCCAACAGCAAGUGUACCAACCACCCCAAGUGUACCAGCAGUCAAUUUCUCAAUUCCGACAGUCCUUCCCUGGUCGCGACGUAGGGUUCACCGACGACGCGAUUAUAGUGACUCCUCCUCAAGUGCCAAUUAUCCCGCCGCAACCUGCACCAAUACCUCAACCCGCACCAGUGCCGCAGCCCGUACCAUCUCCGUCUCCCGGCGGCGGCGGUUAUACCUACAACAAGCCUCAGUACAGACUAGAGCUUCCUCAUAAGUAAGGAGGUAGUCAAAGUUAAUUGCCAUUUGCCAGUCAAUACCUAUGAUAAGUUAGAAAAUAAGAAUUUUUCUGGACUUGCUUUGUACUUUCCAACCGUCGUAUCUCAUAUUGGUAGCUACGAAGUUGAUUAAUUCGUUUUUGUAGGCAUUUAAUAAUUUCGAAAAAAUGUAAUGAUUAGUUCAGUUGAUAAAUUUCCUCAAUUAAAUACUGUCAACUAAAUUCAUUUGUUAUUAAAAAAUAUUUUGCAAGUCAAUUAUUAUUUUUUAAUUCGGUUGUACGGGUUACUAACAUAUUUAGUUUAAAGACAACUA